GGGGCGGGGCCGGGACGGAAGCGCGGGCCGCAAGACCGGGAGUUGCGAGCUCCGGAUCGGUGCCACACCCUAUGCCCUGCCGGCGGGCAUGCCCAUGGCGCUGCAGGCUCUGCAGAGCUCGGGCGUGGGCCUCCGCCGGAUCCUGGCUCACUUCCCGGAGGACGUGAGCCUGGCCUUUGCCUACGGCUCGGCGGUGUACCGCCAGGCGGGACCCAAUGCACACCAGGAGAAUCCCAUGUUAGACUUAGUGUUCACAGUAGAUGAUCCUGUUGCCUGGCAUUCAAAGAACCUGAAGAAGAAUUGGAGCCACUACUCCUUCCUCAAACUCUUGGGACCCAGGAUCAUCUCAUCUAUCCAGAAUAAUUACGGUGCCGGGGUCUACUUCAACCCACUAAUCAUGUGUGAGGGGAAGCUUAUCAAAUAUGGGGUCAUCGGCACUGGUGUUCUGAUUGACGACCUCCUGAACUGGAAUAACCUGUACAUCGCUGGACGCCUCCAAAAGCCAGUGAAGAUUGUCUCAAUGAAUGAGAACAUGGUCCUUCGAUCUGCCAUGGAUAAAAACCUGAAGAGCGCGGUGACCACCGCCUGCCUCAUGCUGCCAGAAAGCUUCUCAGAAGAAGACCUCUUCAUAGAGAUUGCUGGGCUCUCCUACUCAGGUGACUUUCGCAUGGUGAUUGGCGAGGAAAAAGCCAAAGUGUUGAACAUCGUGAAGCCCAACAUAGCCCAUUUCAGAGAGCUCUAUGGGAGUAUAUUACAGGAGGAUCCUCAGGUGGUGUAUAAAACACAGCAAGGCCAACUGGAGAUAGAUAAAAGCCCAGAAGGACAAUUCACUCAGCUGAUGACAUUGCCCAGAACCUUACAGCAGCAAAUCAAUCACAUCAUGGACCCUCCUGGGAGAAACAGGGAUGUGGAAGAGACUUUACUGCAAGUGGCUCAAGACCCCGACUGUGGUGACGUGGUGCGGCUAGGGGUCUCAUCAAUCGUUAGACCUUCCAGCAUCAGCCAGAGUACCAAAGGCCUUUUUACUGCUGGUGUGAAGAAGUCAGUGAUUUAUAGUUCACGAAAACUGAACAAAAUGUGGAAAGGUUGGCUGAGAAAAGCAUCCUGACUUGCCUGGUUCUUGUUACGUGUAGAUUGUGAAUAAAUGGCUCCAUGCUUUUUGAUGGAGCUUGCUUUGUCA